AUGCCUGAUGUGAAUAAUAAACAAAACCAAAAUGCGGCUUCCGAUACUGUAGUUUUCAACAUUGUGGAGGAGGCAAAUGAAAUUUCAACAUUGGCAUCAGCUGUAGCUCCAUCCAGGGAAUCUGAGCAAGUUACUGAUAAAUCUACCUGUAAAGUCGAUCACAAUGUUCAGGUAGACAUUGUGGUGGCCGUCCAGGCUUCUAUUCGGGGAUACUUGGUAAGCCUUUGUCAAACUCUAGGGAGCUUGCAGGUUACUUGCUGCAAUACGUCGAUAUUUAUACAUCGAUAUUUGGUCAGGACACAGGCUAUUGGAACUUUGCGUUGCAUAUUGGCUGUUGCCAAAAUUCAACAGAUUAUACGGGCUCGUCUUGCUAUCCGAUCUACAGAUUUUGCUGCAAAAGAGAAGCUUAAUGAGGAAAUGAAAGCACAAAAGGUGAAGAACAUUGAAAGGAAAUCGAAGAAAACUCCAAUUGUUAUCAGAAACUUAGCAUCCAAUCCAUUUGCUAGCCAGCUUUUAAAGUCUACACUCAAGACAAAACCCAUUCACAUCAGCUGCAAUCCUUCAAGUCCUGAUUCAAAAUGGAUAUGGUUGGAGAGGUGGAUGUCUUUAACAUCAUCAGAUCCAAAAAAACUAAUUUUGAAACAGGAUGAUUUGGGAGAGGAUGUUAACACUGAUCUGAAUCCUUGUGAAGCCAACAAUAAGUUAACUUGUAGUGAUCCAGUUCUUCCAGUUGACAUUGUGAUCGAUUCAAUAAGCAACUGUUCUGAAAAGAUAGAACUUGAUAAUCCCAUAUCUAUACAGAAGCACUGCUCAAAGUCUCAAGUUCUGAAUGACCAACUUGAAUCACAUACUGAGGAGACAAUAUCGAAGAAUGAAUGCUCUAAUUCCCUUCACAGUGAAAUCUUUCUCUCAUCAGAUCCAGUUUCAGAGUUCAAGCUGAAUGGUGACUCUAAUAAACCAAAUCAUUCUGAAGAAAUGAACAAGAAUAGUGCCAGAAAGGAACUCCAUGAAACCCCAGAGAUGGAAACAGGUCGAGUCAUGAUUGAAUCCAAAAAGUCUAAAAACCCAGGCUUUGCUGCUGUACAGGCCAAGUUUGAAGAGCUGAGUGCUGCUUCUAGCUCAAAUAGAUCACUUAGUCAUGCCUCUAAGGAUACCAAGAGUGAUUCCAAAUCAGUUCAUUCUCAGUUCAACGAACUUCGCCCGAUAGAAAAUAAUGACGUUACCUUUGAACUUGGCAAUGAGAUUUCAACGACUUCCAUAGCUGACAGAUCAGAGGCUGGGCUUUCUGAACUUGUUCCAGAAGUUGGAACCUCAAAAGGAAAAUCCUGCAUUGUUGCAAGCAGUACUGAGCUCAACAGUGGGGAUAUGGCUGCUGAAAAUGAAGACUUUUUAUGUGAUUCAAAUGAAGGUCAGCGGCAAAUAAUGGCUGAGAUCAGUGAAAAUUCAGCCAGAUUAAGUAAUACUCCCGAACCCAUACGAGUUAAACAACAAUCUGCUGAAUCAACUACAUCGAAUACGCAUAUGACAGACUCUUCAAAAGGUCCAAAGAUUGAUAGGUCAUCACAAGAAGGAUCUCCCAGAAGCCAUGUUACCGUCCCUGAGUCACAGUGGACACCACCGAGUCAAAUAUCAGCUCAUGAAAAGACAACAAAGGCGGAAAAUAAUGUCCCCUUAAGGAAGAAAAGGCUGCAAAUACUUAUCAACAGUUCGCCUACGAAUUUGAAGAAUGAUUCGGGGGCACAAACCAGCGGAGAACAUUUGAAGAAGGAGAUGAAAAGUGUGAAAAGAAGGAACUCAUUUUCGACGGUUAAAACUGAUCAUGUUGAUCAUGAAAAUUCAAGUAGUGGUAGCAAUUUGCUUCCUAGUUACAUGCAGCCGACUGAGUCAGCGCGGGCUAAGGUCAACAUGAGUUUGUCUCAGAAAUUGAGUCCAGAUCUGCACGACAAAGACAAUCACGUAAAGAAGAGACAAUCAUUACCAAAUGGGGACGGAAACCAGGGCUCGUCCCCUCGAAUGCAGAGGUCAACUUCACAGGUGCAGCAGAAUUUGAAGGGAAAUGGGAUUCAUUCUCCUCAUAAUUCUACUGACAGGAGAUGGCUAAGAUGACCAAUACCUUCAGAAAAGUCUGCUGUUCAACAGAAAAAGUGACUGAUACCAAGUUAUUCUCUCUGGUUAUUGUUAUUCUAUCAGAUUUUGCAAGCUUCUGCUGCAGUUAUGAGCUUGUGAGAGUUUGUGAUUAUUAAUUGUUACCUGUACAUUGCCUUCAUCAUCUGGGUGGUAUAUUUUUGGUUUCUAAGUUCUGAAUCCAUCUCAUGAGAGCUUGUUUAUCAACUUCUAAGAGACUUUCUAGUUGAGUUUUGAUUGCUGAAUUCAGUUUCUGUUCUUUUGUUUUUUAACUUAAUAUUGUAAUAACUAUUCUUUAAGCUUAAUAUUUUUGUUUGGUUGAUUCUAA